UGCGACUGUGUUGUUCCAAAAGCAAGCAGUCUUUCCCUCGUACGUUACAUGCCAGUCUUCGCUGUCUGCGGGGCUACGCAACCAUCCUAAUUAAGUUGCAAGCGAUAAACUACACAAUGGCCAGGUACCUGCGGCCACCAAAUACCUCCCUCUUCAUCAGGAAUAUAUCCGACGAGACGAGGCCAGAGGAUUUGCGUCGUGAGUUUGGGCGUUAUGGGCCUGUAGUAGAUGUCUACAUUCCAGUUGACUUCUAUACACGCCGGGCAAGAGGAUUUGCUUACAUUCAGUUUGAGGAUGUCCGCGAUGCCGAAGACGCGCUUCACAACCUGGACAGGAAGUGGGUGUGCGGGCGGCAGAUCGAGAUCCAGUUCGCGCAGGGAGAUCGGAAAACUCCCGGUCAGAUGAAGGGGAAGGAGCGCCACUCCCCGCGGAGCUUCUCCGGAUACGACGACUACGAGCGGGAGGGCCGCCGCCGACGUUCCCGGAGCCGGAGCUACGAGCGCCGGCGUUCCAGGAGCCCCUCCUACGAGCGCCGCCCCCGCCGGUCCGAGAGCCCCCGAGACUCGCGUUCGACCGGCAGACACCGACAGAGUGGGAGUCACGAGAACGACAGGUACAGACCUCCCCAACGCGACCACCACCGGCCCCAUCAUGGCCCACCGUCCCACAGCCGGUCGAACAGCCCCUCCCCGUCCCGUUCCAGGUCGUCCCGUGGCAAGAAGGAGGCCAAACCCAAGUCCCGGUCCCCGUCCAAAUCUCUGAGUCCUCCACCGGAGGACUACCACCUGGCCCCCGCGUCGCGCGGCUCCCAGAAGCACUCGCCCUCCCGCUCGCGGUCCCGCUCCCUCUCGCGAUCCCGGUCCCGCUCUCGAUCCUGGGCCGGCCGCAAGUCCGGGGGGCACUAAAAACGCUACGCCCCACCCCCACCACCGCCACCGCCACCGCCCCCAAACCUCCGUUCUGGUCCUGGAGAGCCACAGAAACCGCUGGUUUUCCUUUUCACUUCAAAAUUAGCUGUUGCUACAGGCAUAGGAAGCCAGGAGAGUCACCUUUACUGUGAAUCGGCCCUUUGAACAAACCCGCUGGGCUUUGCGCCACCAAAGAGCUGUGAUUGGUUAUAACUGACAAGUCACUGACCGCAUAUGGUACCUCUAACCGUUCUUGGUCUUGAAACCUCACUCUGCCAUUUAAAUUCGAAUUUAAAUUCCAGAUCGACAGUUUUAACUGAUUAAUUAACUGCAGAGGAGAACCUGACGUGCGUUCAAAACGCUUUAGUAACGUUCGCCAACAUAUUGAAACUAUUUUUCUGUUCGCCACAAACCUUAGCUAAUGUUAGCUAACGGUUUGAAAAGGUAGUGCGCGGCAAACAAAAAUGGCUGCGGAUGGGGAAAACGCAAAGCGAUAUUACAUUUUUACAAAUAUUUGGCUGUUAUAAUACAACUUUAAUCAAUGUAAUAUUAGUUAUUAGGUUUAGAAAUAUAUCACAGGUAAGCAACGAAUCGGCUAGCUGCCAUUGUUAGACCCAUCCAGUUCGCAUCCAUUUAUAUAAAAAAUGCGUAGCUGACGAACUAAAUGCAAUGUAAAUUUAAAAUCAUUCAGCAGUAACCGUUUGCUGCAAACGUAGUUCGCCGUGAACGAUCGCUGUCUUGAACGCACGUCUGUACUUGCAUGUGGCUCUGUAGAACGAGAGUUGAGGACCACUGAUCUAGAUCCUUCCAUAACCAUCACCCCACCAUGAGCAGAUACUAUUUUACGUGCAUUGUGUUCGGAUUCCUAGUUUAACGGCUUCACGGAUCGUCGUGGAGAGGCCUGGUUAAUUUUGGGUUACCGUUGGGAGGUUUUGUCUUGAGAUUUAAGUAACAUUAACAUUGUUUACCGAAUGCAUCUGAUGUGACUGCACUCGGUGAAUCGGGCCACGGCCAAAAUGAAAAUUUGUGUACAGUAUUUAUACAGCAUAAUUAUUUUAUUAGUCAGAUUUGUCGAAGAAAGCCGAGCGAGUACUAAAGUGGUAACCGCGUCUGGAACCGGGGUGUGACUGGUUUGGAAGAAUGACCUUCAUGACUGCAGCUACAGCCUUCUUUCUCCCUUUCUUAUAAAAGAUAUGAAAAGCAUUAAAAAAAAAUUAAAGUACAUUUGAUUGGCCUCUGCCGUUUAACUCGGAAAAUGUGGCAGGAUUUUCAUUUUAUUUUAGUUUGUUUCGUUUUAAGUUGUAUUGCAAUAUUGUAAUUGGUCUAUCUGUGUGUUAUUUGGGUGUCCUGCUUCUGAUUUGAGAAGUUUCAGAAGUGGAUUCUGGGUAGGCAGGUGGGCUAAAGGGACGCUCCCAGUUAUAGUAUUAAUGCAAACAUUUCAGGGUGGGCGGGGAACCUCUGUCGGGUAGGCUUUAAAAGGCAGAAUCUUGUUUUUAACCGCAUAUUGUUCGUUUAUUUUAUAUAUAAUCUAAGAAAUGUAUAGAAGGCAGGAUCUGGGUGCUUGGUGGACGGUCUUGAAAACCGCCACCGCGGUGCCCAAAAUAAGGGUUCCUUUUAUGUAUAAUCUAAGAACAUCCACUUAAUCUAUGGGACUUUUCUGUAUAAACAUUAUAUACAGCAAUGUGUUUGUUUGAUGCACAUCCGCUUAGAGGUUUCAGUUCUUCUUUUCCAUAUGUAACAAGUGAAACUUCUUCUGUGAUUAAGUUGAUGUUUCUCUGGUUCUUUCUUUUUUUUUGGGGGGGGUGGGGUACUUUGUCUGUCUGUUGAGAGCUAGUCUUCCACUCAGAAAGUUCACUUGUAUUUUUCUAAGAUAUGACGAGUGUUUGAUUCAACCCGCAUACACUGACAUACUGUUGUCUUUCCCACAUGAGUUUGCGUUGAAAGCAAUGUUAAAAGGACGCCUGUUUGGCCCGCGAACAGGUGAGCUAUGUUCAGCCAUUUUGUGAGAACAAUUGCGAACAGCACAGGUUGAGUAAAUGGCGUCUGUUCGUUUAUGAAUCGAUAUGCAGUAGCAUUCCUAAUGUUUAUAGGUAGUUUGUUUUUUGAAUCCAUACUGGUUUCCCCCUUAAAUAAUACUGAUGAAAGUGUGGUUUAAUUGUUAUAUCCGAGGUAAAAAGCCAUCUCUCGUUGUCAAGAUGUGCCGUCUUUGAAUUUGUUCCUCAAAAACUUAAUUUGGGUUUCUGCCCCUUCUGUGGCUUAUUAAUCUUGUAUACACUUUAUUACUCAUAACUGAACUGUAAUGGUUGUAUGUUAUUACUUUGAGUAAAGGUUUGCUUGACAAUUCA